AUGGAUACGACUUUCAUUAUCGACUCAUCCUUAUGUGAUAGUGACAGCAACUGGAAUCGCUUACUGUACUUUGUCCAAACUUUGGUCAGCUUUUUCAAUGUAUCACCAUCUGGAGGUCGUAUUGCCUUGAUCACGUAUGACACGGACGCAAGCGUGGCUCUCAAGUUCAACACAUUGGCUGAAAAUCUCUUGAAUUCCGCGGAAGUCAACCGACGAGUUGGGUUAUUGCGAUGUCAGGGUGGCUCUAGGCGAAUAGAUAAAGCACUGGAGCUGGCAGAAAAGGAAGUUUUAACUCCUGCUGGUGGAAUGAGAGAUAUCUCAAAGGUAAAGUAAAGCUGUCAUUGACGCUAAAUGAUAACAGAAACACAGCAAAGUUUCUUACUUGUUUGAGUUUUUCCAUCUUUUUACCUUUUCCUGAAAUUGCGUCUGAUAAUUUGAUUUGCCUCAUAGCCUGUUUUUGUGAUCACUACUGGAAAGCAAACAACCGAUCAAGGAGCAUACACGCCUCUUGAUGAAGCUUCUGCUCGCCUCCGGACUAAAGGAGCCGCCGUGUUUGUCCUGGGUAUAGGAAAAGACGUCGACACUUCAGAACUCAAUCAAAUUGCCUCUGGACCCAAAAAUGUGUUCACUGUGGACUCGUUCGAGGACUUGAACGACAAAGCGAAUGGAGUUAAGCGAGGCAUUUGCAUUCUAGGUAAAUCAUUAAUUGAGAGUGGUGUUUAGAGUUUAAAAAUUCUUUACCCUUCAAAGGCUCACUGCUUGAGAUGGAUUUCUGAAUGCAAUUGCGGGAGUUCAUUUUCUCAGGUUUAUGCAGCCGUAAUUUUCGUUGAUGUGAUAAAGAUUGCCAAAAUGUUACCUUUAAAUGGUAAUGGUACCAUUGCACAGUUGACAUCCACCUGGCUUUUGUAGAAAGUUGUAUCGUGUUUUGUCUGUUACUUGAAGAAAAAUAUUCAUUUUGUCAUAAUUGUUCUAAACGUUUGCUCAUUAUGCCUUGCAUGAUAUCCUCUAAGCGGUUACUUAUAGAAAGUUUAAUUUACUUACUGUACGCUGUUAUGAAACCGAAAUAAUCACCAGUCGACUUGUGCGAUGUAUUUGCUCACUGACCUCUAACUGUCCCUUUUCAGUUCCAACUCCAUCCGUGACAACAACGCCUACUCCAACCACAGCAGGUAAAAUGUACUCACAGCCUUUGGGAACGUUUCAAUAUCCUGUCAACCUGCAAGCUUCCUGUCUGCUAGAUAAGCCUGAUUUAAAUAGGGAUUUUUGUUACUCAUGACGUUUUCUCAUUGUCGUUUGUCGUGUAUCCCAACCGUAUAUUUUGUUUUUUUUUUGCAAGGAGAAAUCGUAUACAUGCAUGCAUAUAACUGCCAAACGAAAUCCUCGUCUUGAAUUUGACCAGCAAUUAACUAUGUAAACUACUGCAACAACAUUCCUUUCCCAUUGUUUUAUUCGCGUGGUAAGUGACCAACAACAGUUUUGAAAUAAAGUGUUGACAGGCUAAACACAACCCAUGGUAGUGUGAAACCGUGUGACCCCACAGUUACCUUUUUCCUUCUUUUCGUUCCUUCGCUAAGGUUAUGCAGUGCACAGAGUAUUCUAAAAUCUGACCUAAUCUUACUUUUGCCGCUCUGAUUCUAACAUUAAUUAGAGGUCAUAAAGCUUUCCCAGUGUUUCAUGGUGGUCGAUGGAGUAAUUAUCGGGUUACCCUGCCGUCAAAGUCAACUUUCCACAAUAUGGAAAGUACAAUGUGAUUGGCUAAGCUUGGGAAAGGAAUGUUUUUUUCGGUUGAGCAGGCGUUUGUGGGGAGGGAAGAAAUACGAGCACCCCUAAAAACUCUUGAGUGGGAGGCUAGCCCUACACGGCCGGAGCUUAACCCUAUUAACCAGUAGUAUUGAUACUCUUGCCCAUCGCAGCGUUACCAUCAGCACCCAUUUAUACACCUGGGCCCAGUUGUUCCAAGGUCGGUUAGCGCUAACCCAAUGUGAAAUUUUAAUUCGGGCUUCUUUUUUCCUUUGUUCAAAAUCAUUUUAUCGGAUAAUUUUCUCUAUUCGUUUUCGAGCAUUUAGUUAUCAAAUCGUGGACAAAAAUAUUAUUAAUCAUUAUUUUUAAGCUUUUGUAUAUUGAAUAUUCAAAUUUCGUACAAACCCUAGAUUAUCUUCAGCCUGCUUAGCUCAGUCACCACGCCUCCUGAGUAGUUAUUUGGUUUGCGUUGAUUUGGGAUAAACGAGUAGUUAUCUAAGAAGAGCUUUUAUUUGUCGUUACACCAGGAAAGAGAGUGGAACACUGAGCCAAUAACGAAAAAAAAUGGAAAACUGAGCCAAUAACGUGAAACGUGCCCUACCAUUACUGGAACGCACUCAACCUUCUCCUCAAAUCCACGAGUACCCUUGUAAAUCAAAGAUAUUUAGGGAGCUAGAAUUCUUGCCAAAACAAGUUGUUUUUGGUUCCUUAUCUCGUACCACUAUCAUUUACCUCUAAUUAUUGUUGUUGUCUUGUCGCUGUUUCCAUUUCAGUUUCCACUUCGACUAGAGUGACACCAACACAGACACCUGCAACGACGCCAGCGCGUAAGUGUUUUUUUUACGUUGAAUCGUCUUAGAUCAAGAGGUCAAACAUGUUAAUAGUUGUAAUAUUGAUUGUUAUAAUUUAUUUAACAUUAAAUCAAUUAAAUGAUAGUUUAAAGAGUUUGUUCGUAAACUAGACACCCAUUGAAGUAAUUAUUAGGGUAUUUUUAUUAGUAUUGUCAUUACUAUCAUUAUUAUUAUUGUUUUAGAAAUCUGCAUCAAUCGUGUAAAGUCACACGUAUUUCCUCUAAUAAGAAAAAUGUCGACAAGUUCUUUCUUUGCUUUUAAACAUUGUUCUUACUAUUUAAUUUUCUACAGCAUGUAAAGCUAUAGCAGAUGUGGCAUUCAUUGUGGAUUCAUCAGGGAGCAUUGGUCGUAGGAAAUGGCCUUUGGUGUUGGACUUCUUAAAGGAGCUCAUCACUUUGUUCAAUGUUGGACCAGAUGAUACUCAUAUCGCUGUAGUGGCCUACAGUACAAACCCGAAGCUUGAGUUUACUUUUAAUGCGCUAUCUGGAGCUCAAAUUACUGUGGAGGAAUAUGGAAAACUUAUUAAUAAAAUACGGUUUCAGAGGGGCUUCACGUACAUUGACAAAGCUCUGAAAAUGGCUGACGAACAGGUGUUUGUUACAAGUGCUGGGAUGAGACCAAACGUAGACAAGGUACACAUACACACCAUGCAGUCGAGUGAAACGAAAUUUAUUUGGGGUAACGUUGGUUUGACCUUUCCUACGUCUCUCCUUAUGAUAAUCUGAUAGCAAGUUUUCAGAAAGCAUAAACUAGUGGACUGGCUUCAUGAGAUAAAUGAAAUAUAAUUUUUACCUAUUGUAAUUAACUUAGGGCAAUUGAAGUUCCUACAGCAAAAGGCGACGAAAUGAUCAGGGGCUUAAAGGAAAGUAGCGUUAUAUCAACUCGAUUAAACGCCAUCCUCGAACAAACGCCACCUCCCUCGAUUGAAGGCCGCAGAUGGAAGCACAAUUACCAAAAAACGCCGCCCUCGAAUAACCACCUCACCCAAUCAGAAUAAUGCGGCGUUUAUUCAAGGAUUAUAAGGAAAAACUCAGUACAACUUCAUAAUUUACACCAUCCAGAUAAUUGCUAUUCUUUCUCAGCAAGAAAAUGCAAGACAUUGGAACUUUUAACAUCUUUCAAUAAUUUAUUGUAGUUGUUGUCAGUGUUUUAAGAAUUGUUUUGCUAAAAUCUUAAAAAAACGACGCGGCGUUAAAUGAAAUAAAGAAGGUACUCAUAGUGAGCUUUAAGAGCGGAAAGGCGUGCGUUCGAUUAAAUCAAGAAUGGUUUUUGUCUCAUUUUUUAGGUUACUGAGAAGGUAACCUUUCCAAAGGAUGAUUAUUAUUCAGUUUUCUGUAUUUUUCUUGUUUGCAAAAAGCUUGAUCCAGAAGGCUCUUUUUGGCGGUUCUUAAAAUCUUUCGAUGGUUUCUUUACCUUUUUAGGUCGCUAUUGUUAUCACCGACGGCGAACAAACAACAACUGAAGAUUAUACACCUUUGGCUACAGCAUCUAAAGGGAUAAAAGACAAAGGAGUUGUGGUGUACUCACUAGGCAUUGGUAGUGGUGUAAACUCUGACCAGCUGCGGCAGAUUGCUAGUUCUGAUGACAACGUGUUCACCGCUACUGGUUUCGACACAUUA